AUGCUGGUGAAAGCAAACGAAAUGGAAGUUGUUAUGAAAAAUAGCGGUAUCAAAGAUGAAGCAAUCAGCCAGAUCGAAGACGAAGCCAACGACGUAACAGCCAGGGAGACAGAAAACGAAGCCGCAGAAGAAGAACCUCCGGCUUCGAUGCCUAAGAAUGUUGAUAAAUUCGUCACUCCCAUGGGACUGUCAAUAUCGAAG